ACCUAUCUUACCUCAGGUACUAGCCUCCACUAAGCUUCCGUGCCCUGUCCGCUAACAAUUAGGUACCUACUUAGGUAGGUAUAUAAAGCAACGCAACCCCCUCCGAACACGCAUUGGCGAGGCGAGCAGCUCCAGCAUGGGACCGUCGACGCGGAUUCCGAAGCUAUCAUGUAUUGCCAAAAGUGCCGCGCCCCGCUCAAGCUAGACGGGUCUCUGACAGAUCUGAAUCCCGCCGCAUUUGAUCUCCUAGUUGCUUCGUCUUCCCGGAAACAGUCCUCCCACCCCCCGCCGUCUCCUCGCCUGAGCUAUCCGAAUGAUGCCGAGAGGAGAGCGCUUUAUAAUCGGGUAUCGAGAGAUGUCGGCCCUGCCGUCUUUAAGAGACACAGCAACGUCCUCCGCGGCGACGGCCAUCCUCGAGACAGCUCCGCCAUGUCCUUUGUCCUCCUCACCGAGUCUCAGGUCGCCCCUCCGAGGCUCACCCCCCCGAUAGAUUCUCCGACGCCGAGACAGCCGCGUCGGAAAUCCCUCUCCGGCAGCCAGCGCAACGACGCGAGACCCGCCCACCCCCACGAAGCUGAGCGCGUCAACAAGCUCUUCGAGAUAUUGUCCGCGCGAUCAGACAUAGACCACCCCGUGUGCGUGGAGUGCACGGAGAUGCUGGUAGACGGGCUCCAGAAGAGGCUAGAGUCCACGGCACGGGAGCGAGAUGCCUAUGCCGCAUUCCUGAAACAGGUCCAGGCGGAUAUACCGAGCGAGGAAGAGAUCGCCGAAGCCGAACAGGCCCUAGCGAAGGCGCGGGCGGAAGAGGAGGCGUCUAUGGAUCAACUUUUAGCUUUGGAGAAGGAGAAGGCCGCCCUGGAUAUCGAAAUUGCGGCACUCGAGCAGGAGACGCGGGCGCUGGAUGCCGAAGAGGAGGAAUUCUGGAGGGAGCGCAACGCGUUUGCGUCGAAGCUCGCCGAGUUCCAGAACGAGAGGGACAGUAUCAAUUCCAGGUACGACCACGAUUCCCAGCUGCUUACGAAGCUUCAGCGGGCGAACGUCUACAACGAUACGUUCUCGAUACACCACGACGGCCACUUCGCGACCAUCAACGGACUCAGGCUAGGCCGGUUAUCGACGAAGCCCGUGGACUGGCCAGAGAUCAACGCCGCGUGGGGCCAAGCAUUGCUACUAGUCGUCACGGUCGCGGACAAGCUGGGAUAUAAAUUCGACAGCUACGAGCCCCUACCCAUGGGGUCCACCUCCAAGAUCAUACGUUACGACUACCCGUCCCCAUCCGCCAGCCGGCUCGGCGGCCCUCGCAGCGGGCCGCCGCCGGCUCCUAAGAAGAGCGUGCUGGAGCUCUUCUCGUCGGGCGACCUGCCGUUGCAGAUGCUCUGGAACCGCAAGUUCGACCACGGGAUGGUGGCCUUCCUGGAGCUCGUGCGGCAGCUCGGGCAGUUCGUCCACCAGCAGACAAAGGCGGGCGGCGGCCAGGGCGGGUACCCGGCCAACCCGCUGGCGCUGCCGUACAAGAUCGAGGGCGACAAGAUCGGCGACGACCGCAUCGGGCACUACAGCAUCAAGCUGGGGAUGAACAACGACGAGAGCUGGACGAAGGCGUGCAAGUUCGCGCUCACUUGCUGCAAGUUCCUGAUCGCGCACGCGAGUAACAUUAGCCACGUGACAAACAACGGACGUUGAGGUGUGGGUCGCGUGAGGCCGACACGAGACGAAGCGAGACGAGGCUGACUUUCGAUUCGAUUUCCCCACGGCAUGUUUAGACAGGCGGUGGCGUACGGCGUUGACAGAACGGGAGAGGGGAGGGAGGCGGCGUAGAGAACAUUGAUUCUGUAGUAUAGGGAUGACGGUGCAUAGGCUCUAUUCGGUACAUAGGUUACAAGACACUUACUUAAUAGUGCGAUGAAGCAAGUAACAGUCUAUUUAUGUCGCACCGACGACA